CUCCAAUCUGGAUACCAGUACUCAAGAAGUUCUUAGCAGUGUUUUUUCCAUCUACAAGUCAGAGUUAUCAAAAGUGGAGAGUAAAUCCUUGGACGUUGUCAGUUCAUCUGAUGAGUCCCUAGAGGCUUGUUGGAUUGUUGAUGGUGUCCUAUCAGAGCUUGAUGACUAUACUAUUUCCCAGUCACCCUCACCCAAUGAAGACUUGAGUGUGAGUACUCAAUGUUCUCAACUGAGCUCAGAAGAGAGUGUCAGAAUCACGCAGUCCUCUACUAGUCUGAUUCAGAGCAUUAAGAAGCUCUCUAGCAAUGACUUUCAGACUCAGGCAGAAGAGGCAGUGAGUAAAGUGCUGAUGAGAUCCAGUCAUUCCUUUAUCACACAGAUCAGCCAUACUGGUCUUCAGAAAAGUCCGCAGGCUGGCUUAUCAUCUAGCUCGCCAUCAGAGAUUGCCUCCAUGUCCUCUCAAAAUACAGCCUCUGGAUUAGUGGAAACCUUUGUCAAAGGAAUGGCGACUAUUUUCCAGAAAAAUGAGUCCACUGGCACUGUGCUACUGGAAAGAAGUGGGAAAGUUUUACAGUGCUCCCACGGGGGCUCCCAACUGGAUGAUACUGAAUUGAGUGUUCAAAUAUCAGAGGAGAAGCUUUGGUCAACAGCUAAGACCAUCUGCGUCAGUAUGAAGAACACACUUAAGGAUUUCUUCACAGGGCUGAAGCCAUCCGGAUCCGAAAGGACAGAAAAUGCUUCUUCCAAAGAGACCCUUGGGGAAAUCCUGGUUGCUAUCCAGAGUGAAAUCUCAAACUUAGGGCGAAUGAAGGAUUCCAGGGAGCUCCUUCAGAUCAACGAUAUGGUAGGAACUGUGCUGAAGGAGGUUGAGAAAAGUGAGGAUGACAGUGAAGAAGUCUGCCAAGACAUCCCUAGAAGCUGUUCAUCUUUGUCCACUUCUUUAAAGGGUCGUAGUUCCUUGUCCAGCUCUUCAAAGGGUCCUAGGUCAGAGUGUGAGUUAGAGAUCAACCUCCCUGGCACUCCCAUCCCUGACGAAGUGCCCUUUGAUCUGACCUGCCCCAUAGUCAGGAGCUCCUGCAUCGACAUCAGGGACUCUAAAAUGCCAGAGAUUUCUACAAGUGACACAAAGACAAAGAUGAUGGCACACACAGAUGAACCCCUGCAUCGUAACAGUCCAAUGACUGACAGCAGCCGACCACCGAGUGCUAAAGCCUCUUUUCGAUCAUCCACUCCGUCUUUCACCAGCAAGGGAACCUCUUUGGUACCAAAGGGAGAUGGGAUUGACAUUGAAGAGAAGGAGGUGUGCAUCCCCAGCAGCUCUGGCCAUCUGAGGGAGCUCUUAAUCACCCCGGACAUCAGCAGUGCCACUGCAUUCCUACUGCAGUACUUGAUGGACUCCAGCAAAGAUGAUGUCAUGUGUUUGGUCACCAUACUGGUGAUACGGUUGCUAUCGAAGAUCAGACCCUCAGCCCUAGAUGGACCCUCCCAACAGGCAGCAGACAUGACAGAAACAUCUCAGCAACUCAUCAGACAAGUCCUGUCUGAGUUCUGUGCUGCAUCCAGAUUCUCCAGGACACAGGCAUAUUCCCAGAACCUGCACAUCCACAGGGUGUUCAGAGGUGUACAUAAAAACCUCAUGGAGGAGUUUGGCUCUUAUAACACCCUGCAAGCAGCUAUUUCCUCCCAGGACCCUGCAUUUGACAGAGUCCUGGUAAAGUCCUUGACCCAGCAGCUGGUACAGGGAUGCAAGGAGGCGUCAAGACCAGCUUCUGCUGCAACAAACCCAUCAGACCAGGCUGAGACAGAGAGGGGGGCUGAGCAGAAAGCAAGAAGGAGCUUCCUUUGCUUUUCAAUGACCAAACUCAGGAUCAACUUCAAGCGUUCCAAGAGAGGAAACAAAAAGGACUGCCAUUCAGUCCAGGAACAGACUGAGAUUCCCUCUACUGAUGGACAUUGCAUAGCUCCAGUUGGAGAGGUUUCUCCCUCCAUAUCUCAGCCUAUCAAAAAACGAUCGUUGAUUGUCAGGGUCUUUUCAGCAAUGAUGAAGCCAUUCAGGCGCUUCACCAAGAAGAACCUGUAACCUGUUACGCUGCAUGAACAACUACUUUUGUAACAGCAAGACUUUUGACAAGAGGAAUUUCUGCAUGUUUACCCUUUCAAAGUCUAUUUGAUCAAAUAAAUGCAAAUUAUUUUACAAGA